UCUCUCUCUCGCUAGCUUAACAGUAGUUGUGAUGUUAGCCUGUUUUCUUGGACACUCCUUGCUCUUUUUCCAUCUUUCUGGUAAUAUCCUGUAAGCCCUCCUUCGGAAACCAUGGCCGAGGAGGCCUCGGGAUCCCCUCCGUCCCACCAUGACGAGGUGCUCCAGCAGCGAGUGGCAGCUCUGGAGCAGGAGAGGACCGAGUUCAUCAAACUCAAGCAGCAGCUGGAGACCGAGUUCAACCAGAAACGAGCCAAAUUCAAAGAGCUGUACAUGUCCAAGGAAGGGGAGCUCAAGAGGCAGACCGUAGCGCUGGAGAACUACCAGACCGAGCUGAACUCCCUUCAGACCCAGCUGACCCAGGCCCGGGCCGAGAUCGAGACCAUCAAAGCCGUGGCAAUGGUGUCGGAAAACACCAAGCAGGAAGCCAUCGACCAGGUCCGCAGCCAGUGGCAGGAGGAAGUGGCUUCUCUGCAGGCCAUCAUGAAAGACACUGUGUGUGAAUACGAGGUCCAGUUCCACCAGCGCCUGGAGCAGGAGCGGGCCCAGUGGAACCAGUACCGAGAGGCGAUGGAGAGGGAGCUGGGAGACCUGAGGCGGCGUCUCACAGAGGGUCAGGAGGAGGAGAACCUGGAGGAUGAAAUGAAGAAAGCCCAGGAGGACGCGGAGAAGCUCCGCUCCGUGGUCAUGCCCAUGGAGCAGGAGAUCGCCAUCCUGAAGGCCAAGCUGAUCGCCGCCGAGGAGAGGGUGAAGGAGCUGGAGGCCUCGAAGGUGAAGGAGCUGAAUCACGUUCUGGAGGCUGAGAAGUCGUGUCGUACGGACCUGGAGAUGUACGUGGCCGUGCUGAACACCCAGAAAUCCGUCCUGCAGGAGGACGCGGAGAAACUGCGAAAAGAGCUUCAUGAUGUCUGCCACAAGUUGGAGCUGGAGCGGCAGCAGCACAACCAGCUGAAGCAGACGUGGCAGCGAGCCAACGACCAGUUCCUGGAGUCCCAGCGUCUCCUCAUGAGGGACAUGCAGAGGAUAGAGAGCGUGCUGUCCUCAGAACAGCUCCGCCAGGUGGAGGAGAUGAAGAAAAAAGACCAGGAGGAGGAUGAAAAGGAGCGUCUGAGCCUAGUGAAGGACCUGCAGGAGGACGACGGAGGAGACAACACCGAACCUUUGGAGGACUUCCUCGGGCUGAGCAUCGAGGAGCCUCACACCAACCACAGCGCCCACGGUUCAAUGCACUCGUUAGACACCGACAUCGUGGCCGGGGGCCCCAUGGACACCUACAGGGACAGCCUGCGGAGAGUCCAGUCCACGGACAGCCUCGGGUCCUCGCUGUCCUCCCAGCAGGGGCUCAGCGGUCACAACCACAAGGCCAAGUCGGCCAGCAACUUGGACGAGUCGGACUUUGGUCCCCUGGUCGGGGCCGACUGCGGGGCCGCGGACAUUAGUUUUGGCGAGACCUCGUCCAUCAGCUCCAUCAAGCUGACAGCGAGUCACUUCCUCCUGACGAAAGACCAGGAGAAGGCGAUCAAAGCCAUGACGCCGGAGCAGGAGGAGACGGCAUCGCUGCUGUCCAGCAUCUCUCACGCUCCAGACUCCGCCUACUUACCGCCGGCGGGGUACCGGCUCGUCAGCGACACCGAGUGGAACCUGCUGCAGCAAGAGGUGAAAAACGCCGGCAGGAAGCUCGGCCGACGCUGCGACAUGUGCUCCAACUACGAGAAGCAGCUGCAGGCCAUUCAGGGACAGGAGGCGGAAACGCGAGACCAGGUGAAGAAGCUGCAGGCGAUGCUCCGUCAGGCUAACGACCAGCUGGAGAGGACGAUGACAGAGAAGCAGAGUUUGGAGGAGUCAGUGAAAGCAGGGAACGAGGAGACCGCCGCUAAGGUUGCUGCCCUCAUGCAGAGAGUCCAGGAGUCAGAAACGCUGCUCAGCACACUACAGCAGGCCUUCAGCGAGGCUAAAAGGAACACGCAGGAACAGAUGGUGGUGCUGGUGAAGUCGAGGGAGCGGGUGGCGGACGAGCUCAGUCGACUACAGAGAGACAACGAGAGCCUGCAGGGAAAACACCGGCUGCACCUCGAGCUCCAGCAACAAGAGGAUUUCCAUAUGCCUCAUGCUGUGCAGGAGCUGCAGGGCUUGGUGCUGCAGCUGCGUGACGACACGGUGGCGCUGCGGACGUCGGCGGAUCACAUGGAGGAGAAGCUGAAGGCUGAGAUCCUGUUUCUGAAGGAGCAGAUCCAGGCGGAGCAGUGUCUGAAGGAGAACCUGGAGGACACGCUGCAGCUGGAGAUCGAGGGCUGCAAGGAGGAAAUAGACAUCUUGGAAGCGUCUUUCUCCAGUCUGAAGAUGGAGCUGGAGAGAAUAAAGGCAGAGAAGGAGCAGCUGCAGAGCAGUUUAGCUGACAUGACGGAGGCUCUGGAGAGCAUUCAGAACCUGAAGACGAGCCUGGAACAGCAGCUUAAAGAGGUCACCAAUGCAAAGAGCGCGCUGGAAAGUCAGGUUCUUGAUGAAAAAGACAAAGCCCAGCGGCUGCAGACGGAGCUGGACGUCAGCGAGCACGUCCAGAAAGACUUUGUCAAACUGUCUCAGACACUUCAGGUCCAGCUGGAGCGGAUACGACAGGCAGAAUCUCUGGACCGGAUCAAAGCAAUCCUCAACGACACCAACUUGACUGACAUCAACCAGCUUCCAGACACAUGAUGACCUCUGAGCGGUGACUGCCCUCAGCUUCACCCCCCAACCUGCCUCUUUUCUCUUUCAUCGGCCCGGUAACCUUAUUACUCGACCUUCCUCCUCCUCCUCCAGAACCACUUUGGAAGAAGGAAACAAACUGACCCGGCGGCACGAGCUGUGUACAUUUCAAGUCUCUAAACACAUCCUUGUUAGAAUAAUGAAGAAGAACACUAAAAAAAUGUAAAUAACCAAAAUGUCUGACUGUGGAUUGAAGGGUGUGGAAGCCCCGCCCCCUUCCCGUGGGUUCGCCUGUGUCUUGUUUCUACUGUAGAUACGACCGUCUGUAUUAGCUCUACCAAAAAUGUUUGUCGUCCGAAGCACUUUUCAUCUGCGAGSUCUUCGAGUUCCUCCCUCUGCUGAGAAGCCGAUGGAUCAUCGCUCCAGUCUGCCCCACCUGUUUUGUGUUUUUCAAAUAUUUUCCCACCCCAUUCUGGUUGUUUCCUGUGACUAAAACACACAAUGAAGGACGGAAAAUACUUGCACAUAAUUUAACUGGCAUAAAGUAAUAUAAUGCAAGCAAUACCUUCCAUUUCUCCGACUUCCUAAACUGCUUUUUGCUUAUUUUGUUGCUCUAACAGAAGCCCCUCCCCCUUUUUUAAGGCUGUGAAAUAUACAUUUUUAAUGUUCAAAUUUUUUUUUCGGUCAAAUAUUCAUAAACUGCAGUUAAUACUGUUAAUUCAGGUGAGUUUAAACAAAGAGUGACAAAUUAAAACAGGAUGUAGAAAAUAUUGAAAUUGUUCCUUCCGGUUGGCCUUGAACUGACGAUCUUAAUGUCUUUCUGAAGAUCUUAAAUCUUAGUGGGCAGCUUUUAAAUUCUAAUGGAAGAAAACCCAAAAGAAGUUAGUUCCCCCUCAUCUGCUCUCCGACUUCUGUCUCAACUAAACUGUCAUGAAACGGUUCGUACAUCACUACAAGAACUUGUGUUUUCUGUGAAUUGAUUUGAAUUAAAUGACCACAAAGUG